AUAAUUUAUUAUUAUUAUUUAAAAUAAUAAUAAUAAUUAAUAAAUAAAUUGAAAAAAUGUCUUCCUCACGAUUAAACGCAGUAGCGAUACCGGAGAUACGUUUUAACGAAGUGAUUGAACAUUUACGAUUCAAUUUCUUCGCUGAUGAGCCUCUUAAUCGCGGAGUGGACCUCUGCCAAAAAGGAGACUCGCAUCUAGAGCUUGAAAAUCACUGUCUGGCUACUCUUAAGCAAGGAUACUCGCGGAUGCUGGUAACCGAAGAUGGAACGAUAGCCGGACUGGCGUUGAAUGGAGUGACGAAGAAAGGAGACCGCGAAGAAGCAGUUCGUCGCCUAGAGGAACUCGAUGAUGAAAAGUUCAAAAUUAUUUUUGGGCUGCUGUACAAAGUGAGCGAGAAAGUAGAUCUCUUUGAAAAGUACAACACGGAAGAGUUGUUUGAGUGCAGGAUCCUCAGCGUUGAUGAAGAGUUCCGUGGCCGUGGGCUAGCUAAUGUCCUGAUGGCUGAUACUGUUGAUGUGGCCAAACGCGCUGGCUUUAAGGUAAUAAAAGCAGACGCAACAGGAAUUUAUUCUCAAAAAGUAUUUGAAAAACAUGGCUUUAAAACAGAAGCUGAAAUAUUUUACACCGACAUAGAUGAAAAAUUGAGACCAGCUUUACCACAUCGCUCAUUAAAAUUAAUGGUCUUGGUACUUUAAGUAUUAAAAAUCAACAAGCUAAAAUCCUUUGAUCCUUGGUCCUGUAAAGGAAAUUAUAAUAAAGUUAAGAUUUAAAAUAAAUCAAAGGAAUGUCGUAGUUUAAAAAAAAAAAAAAAAAAAAGUAUAUUUACUGUUUCAUCGUUGAAAGUCUGACAAUAACAGCUCUCUAAAAUAAAAGUAAUUAAUUGACUAAUAAAUAAAUAAAUAUAUAUACGUACAAUAAUAAUUAUUAAAGUAAAAAAAUCAAAGAGCUGGAUAUUUAUAAAAAAAAUGUUUAAUAAUUUACUGCCCUAUUUAUAUAAGUAAGCACUAAAUUCCACGGCAAGAGAAAGCACAAAGUUAUUUGUUAAUUUAUCUUAUAAUUAAUUACUGAUAUGAUAAUUGAUAUUUUUUUGAGUCCUUUUCGUCGUUACGGCAGGUCCGAAACAAAAUUAUUAUGAAAAAGUAUUUACAAAAGUAUGAUUAAAAACAGCUACCGUCCAUUGGUGGCAACGAUACUCCAUUUUUCGUACAAAUCAUGAAUAACGGGUCCAUUUAUGUCCAGAGAAUGAAUAAAUGAAUUUUAAAAAAAUAUUAUUAACAAAGUUAUACGAAUGUUAUACAAUUAUAUGCAAUAUUUUUGUUGUAAUUCGACAAUAUUAUAUUAUAUUGUAUUGAUAUAUAUAAAAAACAAAGGUGUUAUUUUGUAAGAAAUACCUCCAGGAAAAUAAAUAGUCGACUUUAUUAAAUUA